AUGAGGGCUCCUCUUGUCACCUUGCUGGCUGCUGUCCUCUGUGUGGAACAAGUUUAUCCAUUCAUGUGCUACACCUGCCAAGAACAGGAGUCUAACAAGGACUGCUUGACCAUUUCCAUGUGUGCCAAGGAGGACAAACACUGCGUGACCAUCCGGAAGGACGUUGGGACAAAGCCCAAGAAACCUAAAUACCUCAUCUCCAAGAUGUGUUCUCCAACAUGUCCAGCAACAGGUCAGCAACAAAUCCAAAGCUCCCAGAAUGUUUCCUGCUGUGAAAAACCCUUGUGCAACGUGAAUGGAGUCAGCAGCAGGCAAAGCAGCCAUGGAGUGAUGUCCCUGGGUGUCCUGGCCAGUGUCACUUACAUCUUUGCAUAUGGAUUAUGA